AUGACAUUUUUCUAUUUUAUCAACUGUUGCGCCCUUACCUACGGUCCAUACGCCCUAAUUUACAAGAACUCGGUUCUUUCCGAAUACCAGCCUUACAGGAAAUGCCUCUCUGUCGCGUCAAUGUAUAUGAUGACAGUGAUGCUUCGGAUGUUUUUACUGGGAACGAUAGUGCCAAUAAUCGGCCUUGAUGGAACAGCCAGAGAUGUUGUCCAACCCCUUGUUAGCAUCAUUGACAUUGUUGGAAUAUACUAUGCACUUGCUCGAACUGGCGGCCGUCCUGAAAUCAAGAUCUUAUCAGUCCUUGUCGGCUGGGGUUUGACUGACGCUCUUCUAUCGACACUCUUGGUUUAUUGGUCUGGCGCGAGAAAACACGAGUUUUCAUGGGAGUUUGUCGAAAUGGCAGUUGGCUACAAUGUUGAGCUUGUUCAACUAGCAGCUACUGUUACACUUGUUUGGCUCUGGACUCGAACUGACCUUAAUCAGUCCGCUGUUCCUGUGAUUUCAACUGUUCUUCUCAUUUCCCUUUUGAAAAGUUUUAUCUCAAAGUUGGUCGUCGCCGGCGGAAUAAUGACUUGCGGACUCGCAGCUAAUGCUAUCAUCACCGCUGGAGUAGCGACAGUUGCUCUUUCCCUGUUUCUUUCGCUUACUGCCGAGUGA